GUUGGCAGACAAUUUUAUUCAAACUUUGUCCAGCACAUUUUAAUACGAUUUUAGUAAGGUUAAACUGUCGCGGUGAUUCUAAUCGAUUCUUUUUCUUGUGAAUUAUGUAUGACACGUUCGACGAAACAAAGUAUACACGUUAACACGCAUUUUUCAAGCAUUUGUGAAUGUUUAAAAAUAUUAUAUAAAAAGUGAUGUCCAACAUGGAUAUUGAUAAAAAAGAAACCGAGGUCGUGGUUCCCGAUAAAUUGGAUGUGAGCGAUGUUUGGAAGGCAUUCAGGUGUCCGAAACAUGUUAAUCGCGAGUGUCCUGAGACCGAUGAAAUACCCGCAAAACUAUUCGAUUUUAUGAAAAAAUCGGAAGUUGAUGUGGAUCAUACUUUGACGAAAUUGGACGAACUUAUAUCCGAUCCUGCCACGAAAGACAGUGCGCCACGAAUUUGUAGGCUUUUGUAUGAGUACCUCCAUCAAGUAGAAAACAAUGGCUAUAAGGUAACAAAUUUACCAAAAAUAAUGAGGACAAUAGAAUUUUUAGUUGAAAAUGUUAACAUAGACAAAGAGUAUGAGUUUCAUCUUGAUCAAAUACUAGAGCUUUGCCAUUUACCACCUUUAUUAGAAAAAUCUUCUGAAAUUCUAACAAACAAUGAUAUACUGGAACAAUAUUUCACAUUGUUAGGAAAGCUUCUUGUUGUUUUGCCAACCAAGAAACAUAUAUUGAAGGUUCACGAAGCCAUCCAUUCUUUGUUAUUAAACAGAGACAGUUCAAAUAUAGCAGCAGUGAAGAUUAGAGAUUGCCGUGCAGUUAUAGAAAAAUCACAGCUUCCAGUUGAAGUAGUUAAGUCAUUAGAAAAUUGUCUUCCGGAGUUGUAUCAAAAGAUUUUGGAAUUGGUUUUCUUGCUUUGUUCCAUUUCGUACAAAUGCUCUCACAAAAUGUUAGAAGUUGGAGUACUUAAUAUAAUACUGGUCAGAAUGGAUCUUCCUUAUGCUACUCAAUUACGGUGCACAAGGCCACCUGACUCAUUACUAAUAGGUAGUGAAUACCCUGAGGAUACAACCCUUUUAAUAAUGAACACUUUAUGGUGUCUAAUGAAGUCCAUUCUUCCUCCUAUUGAUGUGCCCAUCAAAUUGAAGACAACUUCGUGUGCACACUGCGCAUUAUGGGGUUUGUCCUACGCAUUCGAGAGACAAAUAUUCUACAGCCAAUUUCGAAGCGUCAGCAAAAAGAUCAGAAAUGAAAUUGCAGCUAUUAUUCUUUCAAUUUUAAUUAGCUUUCCUAAUUGGAAUUUUGUUAGUAGUGGUAUAGCAGACAAAGUGAUCAGGUUUUUGAUAAUGGUGCACAGAAAAUUGAUGCAAACAAUACUUCAACUGGUUAAUCCAGAUACUGAAGACUCAAAAAUUACUUGGACUGCAUCUCAAUUUUGGAACCUAUGGACUUAUGCUAUUAAUUCUCUGUCUGUGCUGGCACCAAAGAUGCCAAAAGAUUUUGUAACAUACAAUGGUACUAUUAGAUUGUUAAUGCUGUUAGACUGGACUUUGACCAUAAGGUUUGACAUGGAUAUUGUAAUGCAUUGCACAAAAGUGAUUUGUUCAAUCACUUUAAGUAACAGUACUUUGUUAUUGGAGAACCUCAAAGAGCAUGGGAUUACAGUUUCAUUGAUCAGUUAGGUUAAAAUUGGGUUAAAACUCAUAAAUUGGUACUUCCAUUUAUUAUUAUUGAAAUAUAAUAAUUUUAUAUAAACAUAUUAUA